AUGAAUCCAGUAGAUAUAGAGAAAACCACAACAACAACAGGAGAACACAAACUAGACAGAGACCAUCACCGUUGUAGAAGGAGAAGAAUAACAAUUAAGAAAAAGAGCAAAGAGAAAGGUUCUGGUAUGUGUAAGGCAGGUUUCUCAGGAGAUGAAGCCCCACAGCCUAUUUUUCAAUCGAUCGUAGGAUCUUUCCAGUCGCCAUCUCACUUUCUUCAAGAGGAUAAUUUUGAUGGAAAGUGGAUAAAAGAAAAAGGUGCAUCAAAAUCAAACCUCGAGAAAGAAUAUGAAUUUCCAGAUGGCUAA